AGCCCACCUCCGGCUGGAGGUCCUGCAUUGGACCCAGGCCAUGCUGGGGUGGUGGGUGUAACAGGCUCGGGGAGGGAGAGGGCAGCGUCCCUGGCUUUCCCUUUCUACAGUGUGGCCAUCCUUUUCUACCUGUGCCGCAAGUACAGCACACCUUCGCACUGGUACCCACCAGACCUGCACACACGCGCCCGCGUGGAUGAGUUCAUGGCCUGGCAGCACACUGCCAUUCAGCUGCCCAUGAGCAAGAUCCUCUGGAUCAAGUUGCUGAUCCCAAUGAUCACAGGUGAGGAGGUUCCAGCUGAGAAGACAGAGCAGAUGCUGGUAGAGGCGAAGAACAACAUGCAGCUCUUUGAGGAGAAGUUUCUGCAGGACAAGAUGUUCAUCACUGGGGACCACAUCUCACUGGCCGACCUGGUGGCCCUGGUGGAGAUGAUGCAGCCCAUGGGAAGCAAGUAUAACGUCUUCGUCAAUAGCUCCAAGAUAGCUGAAUGGCGCAUGAGGGUGGAGCUGGCUAUUGGCUCUGGCCUCUUCUGGGAGGCCCAUGACCGGCUGAUGAAAUUGGCAGAGUGGGACUGUUCAACGUUGGAUCCAAUGGUCAAGGAGAAGAUCUGCGAGUUGCUGCAGAAGUUCAAGUAGAAGCAGCCCAUCCUGCAGGGCCUGGCUGGCUCAAGCUUUUUGAGCUUCCUUCCUUAGAGGCGAUGUUGCAAACAACUCCAGUUCUUUGCUUAAUAAAGUACUAGAACAACCA